CCACCCCCAUCCGCAGCAUGGCCGCAUCGCUCGAUCGUAGGCGUGCCAACGGACCAGAGACGUACGCUCCCCGCUACGUCUCUUCCUCUCAUUUCGACUCUCUGCCCGACUCCUCGGGCGGCGCAUCGAGCGGCGCAUCAACCUCGACGGCACCCGCUGUCGCGCGCGCAUCACCACCGCAGCAGCAGCAGCAACCAUUCUACAUCGCCUUGGGCACCUCACCGCAAGCAUCGGGAUCGAGCUACGUCGAGGCGGACUGUUUGAGGCUUGUAUGCGCAGUGUACGGACCCAGGCAAUCCAAAGGUCGCGCUUACAAUGCCAAAGCCGAGCUGAACGUAGAGGCUCGUUAUGCACCCUUUGCGUGCGCCUCGGCUGCUGCUGCUGCUGCUGCUGCUGCUUCUUCUUCGGGAUCAUCCAGUCAUCGUCGCCGCAAGCCGGGAAAGGAUGUGGAAGCAGCAGCAUUGAGCGCAGCGCUGCAGUCCGCGCUUCUGCCUAGCAUUCGCGUAGAGCUGCUUCCCAAAGCGACGAUCGACGUGCACGUCACCGUCAUCCAGAGUCCAGCGGCGGCAGGAGGAGGAGGUCAGAGGUGGGACGAUGCGCUUUGUCUACCUUGGGCUAGCAUAGCAGCCAGUGCAGCCAUAGCGCAUGCGGGCAUCGAAAUGUGGGCAUUGGUGGUGGGCUGUUGCGCAUCCAUUCCUCGCAAUCCAGACGUGCCAAUCGAGGUGCACCCGCAUGGUGACGCGUGUUCACCUCGACAAUCCAAAGCCAUCGUGACGCUUAGCACCAUGCCGAGUCUUGGAAGCGUGACGGCGAUGGAGAUUAGCGCCUUGGGAGGAGGUCAAGCGGCCAGCUUGGAAGAGGUGGACAAGGCCAUCGCCAUCCUCACAACGACAAACGAGUCGCUACAUUUUACAGUCGCGCGGGCGCUUCAAGAAUCGCACUCGGCCAGAGAGGCAGCGCGAUAGACGUCACAAAGUCCCAAUUUGAAUGUCAUCUUCAUUGCACGCUGCCAAGCCGCGCCCGCGCGCAUUCAAACGGAAUUUCUUCGCGCGCCGACGCCGCGCUUGCGAUUGUGAUUGUCGGCAGCUUCGGCUUCGAGUGACAUGCCGGUGGG